ACGAUGCAAGAGUUGCGAUUAACAUUGUUUCAAAGGUGAAAGAAUUUCGAGGGAAAGUUUUAAAAAUGAAAAUCUUAAAAUAUUUGCUUUUGUGUUUCGUUCAACACUUUUCUACUGUAAAAUGCACAGGACAGAAUUGUUCAUCAGUUCAGCGUCUUUUUGAGGAUGCUGAAAAACUGAGUGCACUCCAACGGGAAAUCGAUCAAAUUAUGUUCCAAAAUGGAAUGGUGUCAACAUUAACUGUUGAUCCGACUUUUAUCACUUUCGGAGAAUAUCCAGUCGAUACCGUUUUUGUCGAGCAAAUGCUUCGUUCGCAAGAUUUAUUGAAUUUCCUUCGAAUGUUGCAGGAAAAGUAUCCAGAUUCGUGGCAAAAACUUUACUCGUGCUUAAGCGAAAAUGAUCGCUGCCCGAAACGUCCACAAUAUACUUGCAAAAGAGAACGUUCGCUAGAUGGAACUUGCAACAAUCCACAUCAUCGGACUAUGGGAGCAUCGUUCACUCCUUACUUACGAAUGUUUAACUCUUAUUUCGCUGAUGGAAUUGACACCGUUCGGCGGAGUAAAUAUUCAAAUAAUGAACUACCAUCCCCGCGACACAUUAGCAAUGAAAUAUACGCCGAACAAGAACGAAGAGCAGCCAGAAAUCCAUCGUUGCACUUGAUGCAAUUAGACCAAGAAAACAAUAUUUGCAAUGGAAAACCUAACUAUGCACAGCCAAUCGAUUUACCGUGGAAGCAUCAGCCUCGUGAAUAUACAUUUAGUUUUCUCGGUUAUAUGUUCGGACAACUCGUUGCUGUCGAUACAGCCAAUCGAAUUAUAACGAAAGGUCCAGAUCGAACUGCUCCUGGAAUUCAAUGUUGUCGAAAUCCAAACGCUGGCAAUAUCGGAAUGUCGAGAGAAAUUUCCAAUCCAGCUUGUCUACCACUUGUUUAUCCCGUGAAUGAUCCAUUUUACAGUCGAUACAACGUAACGUGCGGCAAUUUUGUGCGAGGCGCUACAUUGAUUCCAUCCGAUUGUCGGAUGAAAACGGCGGAAUAUGGAAAUGCACCGACAGCGUACGCUGAUUUAUCUGGUAUUUAUGGUGUAGAUCAAAGUACAUUAGAUUCACUGCGGGAACGACAAGGUGGACGACUAAUAACGAAUAAGUACAAUGUUUUACCUGAAGAGCCAAACUGUACAAUACCAGCGUGUUACAGAGCGGGUGACUUCAGGCUUAAUCAAUCCCCAGUUCUUGCCCAAUGGCACUCAUUACUUUAUCGCAACCAUAAUUUCCUCUGUAAAUCAAUGAAGGCUCAGAAUCCCACAUGGAGCGAUGAACGAUUGUUCAACGAAUGUCGACGAUUGAAUAUUGGCAUCUAUCAACACAUUUUGUUCAACGAAUAUCUUCCCCUUUUCUUGAAAGAUUAUAGCUGGAAGGCGGGUAUACGUUGUGACCGAACGAAGUCAUCCGAUUGCGACAAAUAUAGAAGCGAUAUUGAUUCCAGCAUAAUAAUUGAGUUUACGCAAGCUGCUGGUCGUGGUCUUCAUGCAUGUACACCGGACUUUGUGUAUUUGCGAUCCGAAGACCGAAAAAUUGAAGCGAAAAUUGCCUUCUCGGACACGCUCGGUGUUACGAAUGUGUUAGACCAUCGGUUCAAUAACAUAUUACGAGGUGCAAUGUGCCAACCUAUUCAUUGCACCAAUAUCAGUUACAGCAAUGAAAUACGAAAUCGAAUGUUCAAACUAAAUGCAAACGGUCCCGGUUUCGAUUUGUUUUCCGUCGAUUUAAAUCGUGCAAGAGACAAUGGCUUGCCACCGUAUCACGUACUGUACACCAAGUGCACGGGAAUUAAGGUUCAUCGUUGGGAUGAUUUACGGGGCCAUUUCGAUCGGCAAAACUUAGCAUUAAUGGUCAAAAUUUAUGAAAGCGUUUUCGAUAUGGAUGCGUUGGCAGGAGUAUUGAUGGAAAGACGAGACUACAGUUUAGUGGGUGUUGUAGCGCGAUGCAUGGCGGCUGAGCAAUUUCGUCAUCUGAAAUAUGCAGACCGGUACUUUUAUUCAUUUUCUGACUGUCCAACAAAGUUUACGACCGAGCAAAUCAAUGAAAUUGAAAAAAUGUCAAUAGCAAAAUUACUGUGUCAGGUGACCGAUUUGGAGAGUGUUCCCCAGCAUGCCUUCCUUGUGGAAAGUGAACAUAAUCCGAACAUUUUGUGUAGCAACUAUCGAGAUUUCGAUUUUACGCUGUGGUCAGGAAAAUAGGAUUUUUGUUUUGUUUUUGGUUGGUUUCGGAAAAGACCAUUGUUGUGAUACAACGUCUCAGCAGCUAAAUCGAGCGUUAUUAUAAAUAAAUGAAAAAUAUUUACUGUUUAUCACU